GCCAGUUGCCAAACACACAAGUUUCAGGGGGUAUCGAUUUGGAAACACUUUUUCGUGUAAAACUGACAAAAAUGACUUCCCAUCCAAACCCUAAUUCGAAGCUAACCCCUAAUUCUAUUUAUCCUCUCCCUUCCUCCCCUUUCCAACAAUAUAUCAUCUAACUAGGGAUUGAGAAUUAUCGAAUUGUCGCGAUGGAUGACCCGAAGAGAUGCCCUCGAGGGCACUGGCGGCCUAGGGAAGACGAGAAGCUGCGGCAGCUGGUCGAGCAGUUCGGACCGCAGAACUGGAACUCCAUUGCUGAGAAGCUUCAAGGCAGAUCAGGUAAGAGCUGCAGGCUGAGAUGGUUUAACCAACUAGACCCUAGAAUCAACAAAAGGCCGUUCACAGAGGAGGAGGAAGAGCGGCUCCUCGCCGCGCACCGGGUUCACGGGAACAAGUGGGCGCUGAUCGCCCGGCUCUUUCCGGGCCGGACCGACAACGCCAUCAAGAACCACUGGCAUGUGAUCAUGGCGCGACGACAACGAGAGGACUCGAAGUUGUAUUCCAAAAAGAGUAGUGCUAAUUCUCGAGGUCAUAAUUUCCUCAGUUACAGUAGUACCAACAGCGCCGCCAUGAGCCACCUGCUCACUUCCUGCCAAGCUCCUGAUCAAGGGGAAGGCACUGCCGGAAAGCUCUUCAAGUUUGGGAUCACCAACCCCACCCUUCCUUGGAGCCUCUCUAGGCCAAUGAUUCAUUCGGCUCCAAAAUAUUUCAGUAACUGUAGUAAGCUCCAUGGCCAGGUGCCUCGUCGUACUCCAUUUCACUGGAUUCAAAAAAGUAGUGUGGAUGGGGGUGUUUGUAGAAAUGAGGUUUGGGAUAACUCAACCACAACGAUGAACCCUAGCGAUGUGGAUGGUGACGAGGGACCCUUCAAGAGCAAGGAGGUUGCCUUCAUAGAUUUCUUGGGUGUUGGGAUUACUUCUUGAGUACGGGAAUUAAUUAAUUAUUUCUUGGUGGUGACCAUAAAUUAUAUAUAUAUAUAUAUAUAUAUAUAUAUAUGCACUGAAUUAGAU